AUGGUAGAAUCACAAUGUCACUCCUUCGAGGAUGCCUCUUCCGCAGGCAGCUAUAAUAUGCCAAUCAUAUCCAGAGCUCAUUCUGAGUCUUCCCAGGACACCGGCUCCAUCAGGCGACUUCAACUUACAAGAAUCGAUUUUCCAUUUCUUAAAUCGCCUGCCUGCUCUCCGGAAUCGCUACCCAUUCCAGAAGCAAGGCCCAUUCAAGCCACCCCGGGCUUUCAAGAAAUAUUAUCAACAGAUGCGGUAUCUCCGGAGCGAGGCCGUAGUAGGGUCAGAAGGCCACUGAACAGAGACACAGCACGAACUGCUUAUCCUAGUCCAAUAUCUCCUGAUCGAUUCAUUCCCAAACGCGACUUCGGCGAUUCUCUAUCUACGCCAUAUCGGUUGAACAAGCAUCCCCAGCAAUUGUCACCUCGAGAGCGACUUUUGCGCCGUCAUCUUCCCGGAGAAGAUCCGUUCUUACCGACACCUCAAACUCCACGGUCCCCAGCCCAAAGUCCAAGGCCAACUUGGCUUCGGCAAAGACAACUCCACCGGCCUUGGUUGAUCAAUAAUUUGACAUCCUUGGGUUCCAAUCGUCCAAAUGACUUCUUGAGGCAGAUCAGCUCUGGGGGAGUUUGGGGGAUGGGUGGAACAUCAGCAAUGCUUGGGGCCCCUGUCACAACGACAAAUGGUGCAACAAGUCUCUUGGGUAGACGCACCACUGCGCCGAACUUUGUAGCGAGAUUCCUGCCCAAAAGCACCAAAGCUGACGAACAGAAAAAGCAUGAAUCAAGAAUCGCACUUGCAUUGGACGUUGACCCGACUACGAGACUUGUUAGUACUUGUGGGAGACACAUGGAAAGAGUUCCUGGUCCCACAUCGCCGGACUAUGAACGGUUCGCGCCGUUUGUGUGGAAGGACAGUGCCUGGACAAAGGGCAAUAGGGCGCAUUGGCCAGUAGCUCGUCCUCAGCGAGAGGCUGUUCCUCCCAAGCCUUUUCGGAUACUGGAUGCUCCAUAUAUGCGAGACGACUUCUACUGUUCUACAUUGGCCUAUUCUUUCACAUCAGGCGUCUUAGCUGUUGGUCUGGCACAGGCUGUUUAUCUCUGGUCUGAAGGUUACAUCGUGGACCGACCGCCAUUUGGUGAUUUUCACCCGUCAAACUAUGUGACAUCUCUGUCUUUCUCAUCGGAAAAUGGAGGACGAAGUAUCCUUGCAGUUGGUCGCCAAUCAGGUCAGCUUUCUCUUUGGAGCAUCUCAGAGGAUAAGGUUCGCUUUGAAAUCAGCCAUCCGAAGGGUAUUUCGUGCGUUUCUUUCAAGCCAAAGACUUCACGAAGACCAUCCGAAGGGUUGCAAAACAUGGAAAUAGAUGCGGAGUAUCUCGUUGUCGGUGACGAGAUAGGCAAUAUCUGGUAUUACUCAGUCGAAUGGCCCGAGAUCCACAGUCAAUGGAGUUGGACUGGCUGUAUGACGCUUCUGGCCAAGAUUUCCGCCCACGGCCAGCAGGUGUGCGGCUUAGCUUGGUCUCCUGACGGUCAAUUUCUUGCUUCUGGAGGCAAUGACAACGUAUGUAUGCUGUUUGAUUUACAUGAGAUCCUGCCGCCUUCGCAAGUCGACCUUUCAGCCUUUUCCACUGCCAAUUCAGGCCCGUCGGGAAAUUUGAGCGUCCACGCGCUUCCGCAUCUGACUCCAGGAACUACCCUGAGGCAUAUGCCCAGCAGGCGACAAGUUGUCAGCCGUUUACUACCUUCAUGGGGUCAUUCUUCAUUGAGAUCGACCACGACAGCUCCACUUCUGUGCUCACUGGGAUGUCUCAUUUCCGGUGGCACGAAGACUGUGCUAGUUCCACCCGGCCAUCAGAAACACUGCCUCGUGCAUGGCGCAGCAGUCAAGGCAAUAGCGUUUGCACCGUGGCAGCCAUCACUUCUUGCAACGGGGGGAGGUACCAAUGAUCGCGCUAUCCACUUCUUCCACGCUAGUACGGGGGUCUGUCUAGCGACAAUAAAUGUGUUUGCGCAAGUGACUAGUCUGAUAUGGAGCCAAAGUAGACGUGAAAUCGCAGCGACAUUUGGCUAUGCUUCACCCGAGCAUCCAUUUCGGAUUGCCGUCUUUGCCUGGCCCAGCUGUGCACAAGUCGCCGUGAUUCCCUGGGGACCCCAUGGGGCAAGCUGGGAUGGCGAGUAUCAAGAUGUUAACUACGAUUGUGGACGAGCAUUGUAUGCUGUUAGCUAUCCGGGAAGACCGCCUCGCCCUCUGCAUGCCCCUCUGGAAGAUUCGGAUCUUCUCUACGCGACUGCUCCGCCUCCACCUCUCUCCCACGGCCUCCAGCCUCCCGGGCAGGCAAACGAGGCACAACACAGGCGAGGGCCCCACGCGAUCCGCCCGAAAGAGAAAGAAGGCGGAAUGUGGUGUGUGCGAACAAUGGAAGAAGGAUGCAUCAUCGUGGCAUCGAGCGACCAGACCGUCAAAUUUCACGAGGUAUGGACUGGCCGACGUAAGAGCACCAGCUCCGCCUAUGGAAUAUUGGGAGGAAGUGAUAUCCUCGAGGGUAUGGAAUGCAUCGAAAAGUCCGGCAGUGAAGUCAUUCGCUAG